AUGAGUAAACUGAAAAAUGUCGUACAUAGGGAUGAAGAAUUGGUUUUUUUAGACAGCUUCAUUGAUAAGGAUAACCAGCCGGAUUUAAAACCAAACAAUGUUAUUAUUCAAGGUUACCAAAGUUGUGGGAAAACAUAUGUAGUUGAAGAAUAUUUCAAACAGCAAAAAAACGAAAUUUUAAGUUGUAUUAUUAACCAUAAAGAAAUCUUUAGCUGGAAGAAUCUAUUAAAGGAAAUUUCCAGGGCCAGUUUACAAACUCUUAGACUAAAAUUUAGCAAUUAUAAAGUAUCCAACAUAAUUGAUCCAUCGGGUACCGAGCAUUUCUAUUUGUUAGUACGCUUUUUUUCACAACUAUUUUCUGAUUGUGGCCAGCAGAUAGAUGAAGCUGCUAGGUAUAGUUUUUAUGUUGUCAUUGAUAAGAUUGACCAAUUACCUGAAAUUGAUGUUAAUACAUUCCCUAAGUUAAUUAAACUUCAUGAAAUAUUACCUUCCAACUUAAAAUUUAAAUUGAAAUUUAUUUACACAGUAGAAAAUGUUUCUUUUAUAGACAAGUAUGCUUCUUAUGAUAUACCUACAAUUGUUUUUCCAAGAUAUACAGCAGAUGAGUGUUUACAAAUAUUACUAUCGAAAAAAUGUUUAUUCAAGGCAUCCAGCCAAUUUAAUGAAAAAUUGGUUGAUGAAAUAGGCAUUAAAGACACAGUACCUAGGGUGAAAAAUCAAAUUGUUGAGGCUUUUUUGCAUUUCGUGUAUGAGGCCUUUUAUUUAUAUACAGGCAGUAAUUUACAAGAUUUGUUGGACAUGGCUUUUUUGAAAUGGCCCCAGUUUGUUCAAAUUUUGAAUAACGACAACUAUGCAAAUGAAGUGGAUAUGUACAAACAGAGUAUUGACCUAUGGAAAAAUACACAAGAUUAUUUGGAAGAAAAUAUACCUGGGAAUAAUAAACUGGAGAGUCAAUAUGAUUUAUCGGAUCUAUCCAAGUAUUUAUUGGUUGCUUCAUAUUUGUGUUCUUACCUUCAGCCCAAAUAUGAUAGUAAGGUAUUUGCAAAGAAAUCAGCAUUAAGACAAGGACGGGUAUCGUAUGGUCGGAGAGCCAAGUUUGAUUUUAAUCCUAGACAUUUAUCGCCGGGCAUUUUUCCCUUGGAAAGAUUAUUGGCAAUUUUCCAAGCCAUAUAUCCGUAUUCUGAUCGAGAUAGAAAUUAUACUGACGAAGAAAAGGAUGAUAUCAAUAAUAAGCAUUUUUCAGGUUUAAUACCCAAUACAUCUAAUGUGGAGGUUUAUGAAGCAAUUGGUGAAUUAAUAUCAUCCAAACUUUUAUUACCUUCCAAAUUUUUGCAUGCAAGUCCAUUAAAUUCAAAUACUAAAUGGAAAGUUAACGUUCCUUGGGAAAUCAUUUUGGAAAUUUCUAGCAGUCUUCACUUUGACAUAACUGAAUACCUGCAAUAA